CUUUGAGUAAUAAAAAAUUGUCAAAACAAGAAAAAGCUGUCCCGUAAAAAAUGUCAAAUUAUAAAUUAAUCUGUGAAAUAAAGAUUAACGAUGAAAUUCCUGUAAAAAAGUAUCUGUUUACAGAUUCAGGAAUUCAGGUUUACAUCGCUCAGGUCUCAUCACCAGUCACGAAUUCUUAUAAGGCACUUGCAACUGAAGAAGAUAGCGAUGAUGGACUGCCACAUACGUUAGAACAUUUAGUGUUUCUGGGCUCUGAAGACUAUCCAUAUAAAGGCGUUUUGGAUCUUUUGGCCAAUCGAUCACUAGCUAAUGGAACAAAUGCAUGGACAGAAACUGAUAACACUGUCUACACUCUAAGCUGUGCCGGUUCUGAGGGCUUCCUUCGACUUUUGCCUGUCUAUCUUGAUCAUAUUCUAUUUCCAACUCUUACGAAAUCUGGAUUUAUUACGGAAAUUUACUCGGUGACGAAAGAUGGUGAGGACAAUGGUGCUGUUUAUUGCGAAAUGCAGGGUCGAGAAAAUUCGGGAGAAUCUCGAAGUCAUUUGGAACUGUUGAGAAACAUUUAUCCUAAUCAUGGAUAUUCUAAGGAAACUGGUGGAAUCAUGAAGAACAUCCGUGAGAGUCUCAGCAUCGAAAAAAUCCGUGAUUACCAUAAAAAAUUCUAUCGUGCAGAAAAUUUCGCCAUCAUCAUUUGUGGACAGGUUGAGAUUGAGGAAAUAGCCAAGUCAAUUGAUUCCAUUGAGAAAAAAGUCAUUGCUCGUAAAGAUUCUUACCCAAAAUUCACAAAACCAUGGCAAGUUCUUCCAAAACCUUUAAAACAAUCAAAAGAUGUUAAGAUUUUAUUUCCAAGCGAUGAAGAAGAAAGUGGAUUGGUUGCUGUUGGAUUUAUGGGACCAAAGGCAACAACUGAUUUCGAAUCAUUAACAGCUUGCUAUAUUUUAAUGAAAUAUUUGUCCGACACAUCUGUAUCUCCAUUGUGUCAAACAUUUAUCGAGAUAAGUGAACCAUUUGCAUCGGAAAUACGCUACAAUAUUUCUGAAAAUUCAAUUUCGUUGCUGUACUUUACGUUCGAGAAUGUCCCAAUUGAGAAAAUUGAUUUCAUUUAUGAACGAUUGCUUCAAUUGCUUGUAGACAUUGCAAAUGGUAAGGAACCACUUGAUGAACGUCGAUUAAAAAUUAUUUUUGAAAAGUAUGUCUUAGAAAGAUUGAGUAGCUUGGAAAAUUCACCACAUGAUGACAUUGCCUUCCAUAUCCUUGGUGACUUCCUUUAUGGUGAAAAGACAGAGGAUUUCCACAAACGUUUGAACGUUACAGAAGUCAUUCAUAAGCUUGAGAAGAACAGCAUUGAUUACUGGACUGAUUUGCUCAGAAAAUACUUUAUCGACAGCAACAGUGUGACUAUUCGAGCAAUUCCAAGCAUAGCUGAAAAAGAAAGACUUGCUAAGGAAGAAACUGAAAGAAUUGAAAAGCGCAAAGCUGAACUUGGUGAAGAAGGACUUGCACAGAAAGGAAAAGAACUUGAAGCAGCAUUAGCUGAAAAUGAUCGAGCUCCGCCAUUGGAAAUGCUUACAUCUAUUCCAGUUCCAACCACUAAAAGUAUCACUUUUCAUCAUUUGGAUGUGAUCCGAAAGUUUGAUAAAAAUUCAAAGAUUGACUUGACGAAUUUCCCAUUUUAUGUCGAAGUCUAUGACUUGAAAUCCAACUUUAUCUACGUUACAUUGAGCUUUGAUACCAAAAGUGUUCCAUUAGAACUACGCAACUACUUGCUUUUGUUCCUUGAUUUAAUCUUGGAAUCACCAGUCAAAAAGGAUAAUGAGUUGAUUCCAUACGAAACUGUUGUCUCUGUGCUUGAAGAAGAAAUCAUCAGUUAUGAAACAAGCCUUGGACUUCAAUCAACAAGUCGAUUCGGAUGUGGUCCGUUUUCAAGCACUGCAACUUUCCAUAUGCAGAUUGAGGUUAGAAAAUUCGAAGUUGCUGUCUCAUGGAUGACAAGCUUAAUAUUUGAUUCUGUCUUUACACCAGAAAGAGUUCAUAUUGUUGGAUCUAAAUUAUUGAAUGAUGUGGCAACAGCUAAGAGGAAUGGAUAUGACUUGGCAAGAGAAAUAUCUAAAGCUGUUUACUACAAAAAUGACACAAAUGUUCAACAAAAUUCAGUCUUGCGUCAAUAUGCAUUUUUGAGUGAUUUACUUGAGAAGUUAAAGACACCAGAAGGAGAAGAAUCGAUUCUGAAGAAUCUUAAUUCACUCCGUGACAUUUUGAUUCCAUCAUUGUCACUCCAUAUUGCAACAAAUGUAUCAAAAGUUAAGGACUUGACAACACCAUUGACUCCAUUGAUUCAAAAGUUUGAAAACCCAUCAAAAAUUCAAGAACUUGCAAUAACUGCUGACUCAUCAUUGAUGAUACCUGAAGGAAAUUUGGAAUCAGAAUAUACUGGAACAAUUGUUGGUGUUGGAUGUAUUGAAAGUGGAUUUAUGUUCCAUACAUCUCCAGGUAUAACAAGCUUCAUGGAUCCUGAUAUGCCUGUCAUUCUUCUAUACCUUCAAUACUUAUCACAGCUUGAAGGUCCAAUGUGGAAGAAAAUCCGUAAAAAUUCAUAUGGCUAUAAUGUAAUUCCACGGCCUAAUGAAGGACUUAUUGUCUUCUCAUUGUAUCGUGCCACAAAUAUCUAUGAAGCAUUUAAGGAUGCAAAAACAAUUGUCGAAGCACAAGUUGAAGAAACGUCCGAAUUUGAUCAAACUUUAAUCGAAUCAGCAAAAAGUUCAUUGAUUUUUGAAAUUAUUGAGCGUGAAAAGACAGUCGGUGAUUUAGUCCAGCAAGCAAUGUUGAAUUCCUUUAAAGGAAUCUACAAAGACUAUAAUAAAUAUCUCGUCGAUCAAGUUGCAACCAUAACAGUUGAUGAUUUACGUCGCAUUGGAUCUAAAUACUUUAAAUCAAUGUUUGAUUCAAAAUCAGCAAAGAUCGUCAUUGUUUGUCAUCCCGACAAAGUUGAAGGAAUCAAAAAGCAAUUUGACGAAUUCGGACAUAAUUUAAAGGAAAGCACAAGUUUGGAAGCAAGCAUUUUAAAUUCGUGUUCAUGAAGUGCCUCCUGCAUCGAAAUUAAAAUAAUGAAUUAAUGAUUACCAUGUCAAUUUUUUAACACAUUUUAAAUUAGUUUGUGUCUUUUGUCUUAUUUUUUUCAUUAUAUUUUGUAGACAUUCGAGUGAAAUUGACAAAAUAAAAAUAACAUUAAAAAUUUAAAAAUCAG